AGAGACACCUGCAGUGCAUACAGCCUACCAAAUGUCAUAGCUGAAGUCAUCGUCGCACUGAGCACAUCACAUACCAAUCGGUGGUGAGGGAGGUGCAACAGCGCUUAAAAAGGUUCGUUUGAUAAAUAUUCAGCAUUUCCUCCUGACUCCAGAUCACUGAACACAGAGGGACAUUACAGCACUUAACGACAGAGUUACCUAUGACUGGGAUGAAGAUCUUAAUUCAGUCCAUCCUCAUUCUCAUCGCUGUGCUCAUUUCAACUACAGGUGCUGAUGAGGUGGUAUAUGCUCAGGUGGGGGACUCGGUUACCCUCAAGGCACCACCGUUAAAUACUCAAGCAAAGUAUGUGAACUGGUUUCUGGAUAAAGAGGGUGGCUCUUCACUUGCCUGGUGCAAUCACUUAGGUGGAAAGGGAUUCAUUUCAGAUGCAUCCUGGAAAAAUAAGCUGGAGCUGUCUGACACCUCACUGAUAAUCAGAGACAUCCAACAAGAAAACUUUGUGACACUUGUAGUGACUUUGGAUAAUCAAAAAACUUCCUCCAUCACCUACCGACUAUCCAAACUCACUGUGAGUAUGGACCCACCUUCUCCUCUGCUGCCUGGGGAUCGUCUAUCUUUGGCCUGCAACACAGAGACUCCUCAGCAUCACAAGAAGCCCCAGAUAUACUGGUUGGAUCCAAAGGGAGAGCCAAUCAGACCUGACAAAGAAACAGUCACCAAGACUGCCUCAACCCAAGACAAUGGCACAUGGACCUGUGUUAUUAAGCAUGAUAAAGUAGACAAAAAAGCCCCCAUUUCUGUUACAGUUGUAGACCUCUCUCCAGCUCCUUUGCAACCUCAGUACACGUCUAAAUCCACGCCACUCAUCAUCCCCUGUUCCAUUCCUUCUCACAUCUCCUGGGAACAGAUCAAAGCUAAGGGCAUAACGGAAGUUCACUGGCACUUCUUCCCUAAAACAUCCUCAGGUCACAUUUCCGAUCAUCCAGUGAAGCUCUACUCCCUCUCUCUGGGAGAAUCUCUGAGCUGGAUACCAAACCAAACCAGAGACCUGAAUAUUCUACAGGACCUCAAAACAGGAAAUCUCUCUUUGACUAGAAAGCAAGGCAGAGAAGAAGACAGAGGAAACUACGUGUGCACAAUGAAAUUUAAAAAUGUGAAUCUGAACAGGACUGUAGAAGUAGAGGUGUUGCAAAUCAUCUCCUCCCCAGGAACAAACCUGAUUUCUGGCCAGGCACUCAACCUGACUUGCGGCCUUGGCCAUCCGCUGCCCUCUAACCUGCAAGUGCGAUGGUCUCCACCUGGACAAACGUCCCUGCCAUCUCUGAAAUCUGGCCCCCACCCCGCCCAUCUCACCAUAGCUAAAGUGAGCACAGAAAAUGGAGGAACCUGGGCGUGUGCUCUGUUGCAGGACAAGAAGCAGCUGAUAUCAGUCACGAUAAAGCUGAAGAUAGAACCCAAGCUGAGUACGUCAAUGCUGGUGAUCAUAUGCAGUGCUGCAGUCAUCGUAUUACUCCUCCUCAUCCUUGUUCUCAUCCUCUACCGACAGAGACAACGGAAGAUGAGACACCUCAGGCAUCAACUCUGUCGGUGCAAAAACCCCAAGCCCAAAGGAUUCUACAGAACAUGAUAAAUCCCACAAAGACAUUUUCAAGAGGACAUGGCAACCAGCUGAAUUUCUGUCCAGAUAAGAUGGAUUUUUUUGUCAUAUCUACAAAACUAUGAAACCUCUGUUAGCUGUCUUAGACAAAAACCUGAAAGUUUAAAACAAAGUUCAGUCACUGUUGAAAUGUCAGAUAAGGCAUUUUGUUAUCACAGAAAUGUAUUUUACAGUUGUAUAUAUCAGCCAGUUUUUUAUAUUUGUAAUGUAAGGGAACUUUUUGUUUCGCAGAAUUACUUUAUGUGACUAAUAUUCAAUUUCAUUAUAAUAUUGUUUGUGAUUAUUAUUGUCAGUAAAUGUUUAUGUUAUACUUGAUUUCACUCACACUGUUAGAUUCAGGUUUUGGUAGGCUAAUUGCCAUGUCAUGUAUAUUUUUUUAUGAUGCUCCAAAAUACUGUGCUAAAAGGCUUGGUUACUUGCUUCUCUGGACACAGAAAUAUGUACACAUUUCUAUUAUUUGUACACAGAUGAUGAUACUUUAUUACUUCAAAUAAAAACAGGAUCCUUUGACAGAAUUGUGUUGUUUUACAGAUUAAAGGAAACUGUAAUAAAGCAUCAAUGUGUUUUAUAAAUGUGUGGUGGUCCUGCAGUUGUGGGUGGCGGAGGCUCACGAGAGCGGGGUGGCGUCCAUCUGACAGAUUCGG